AUGGGAGCCUUCAAUGGCGAUGCGGGUGAUUCGAUGAGAGAGAACCAGAACCAGAAGCUUACCACCUACGACAGGGGCAACGAUGCCUGGGAGGAGAAGAACUGUGCUGUGGAGUUCAUGGGUUCCUGGUGGUACACUGAUUGCACCUAUAGUUUGAUUCGCAAGAUCCCUGUGGGUCCCUGCUGGACUGUGAUCGCUCGUCGAACAAACGGAGAUCUUAACUUCUUUCGGAGCUGGCAGGAGUGCAAGAAGGGAUUUGGCGACAUUGCAGGAGACUUUUUUAUAGGACUGGAUAAGCUGCAUGUCAUAACGAAGUCACAGACUCACGUGCUAUAUGUACACCUGGAGGAUUUCGAGGGCAACACGCGAUACGCCCAAUACGACGAGUUCUUCAUCGAAAGUGAAAAUCAGCUAUACCGGCUGACAAAAUUGGGUGCUUUUACAGGAGAUGCGGGUGAUUCGCUUAGUAGUCAGAAGGGCCACAACUUUACCACCUACGACAGGGACAACGACAUAAAACCGGAAACAAACUGUGCAUUGGACUACAUGGGUCCCUGGUGGCACAAGCAUUGUACCUAUAGUAACCUAUUCGCCAUAUAUGUGAAUGGUACCGUGUCUAGCAUGGAACGAAAGGGAGUAAACUGGGCCGCUUGGCGCGGAUUUGCCUAUUCUCUCAAAGUAAUCCAAAUGAUGGUUCGUCCAAAGUACACUUGCUCUGUAUAG